CAGCAAACGAUAAGACAGAAGGCAUUGUUCCAAACAGCAGCCCACUAGGGUUUGGACUUGCGAGAUAUCGGAGACAGUCCGUCCCGAACUCGUCGGGGAGGCGGCGAUUCGCGAUGCCGGGGGUGAAGAAGAAGAAUGGCCAGACGGCGCCGGCCGUGCCGCUCCAGCCCGUUCCGAUGCCGAUGCCGCAUGUUAAAGUUUUUCGCUUGAAUGAUGAACACCGGUGGGACGAUUGCGGAGAAGGUCAUGUUAUGAUCGACUAUCUCGAGGGCUCAAAGGGGGAAGUUGUUCUGGCAGUUCUCGAUGCAGAGGAUGACGAGACGAUGCUUUUGCACGUUAUCACACGAGAUGACAUCUAUAGGAAGCAGGAAGAGACAUUCAUCUCAUGGUGCGAUCCUGAUGCCGGUAUGCAGCUCUCCUUGAGCUUCCAAGACACAGCGGCAUGCUCCCAAGUAUGGUAUGUUACAUAUCAUCAGGAAGAGCGCUGCCGGUGUUUCACUGUUUUUAAAAGCACGCUGGACAUGGUUUGCAAAGUGCAGAGAAAACAGAGGCUUGGGCCUUGUGAUAGUGGAAAUGAUGCUCCCCCAUCGUAAUUUCUUCUGCAAGCAGUACGGAGAAUUAGAAAACUUUCCCUAUGAAGCGAAGCAGCGAUCAUGAAAUCAAUCACCUCGCAAGUUGUGAAAUAGAUAUCUUCUUUGUUCAGGAUUUCUGGUGAAUUGUGACAUGCAGAAUACAAAAUCCCUUUUUCUGUAAUAGUAUCAGAGAACAAGAACAAGCAGUCAAAUAAACAAUUUUUGUAUGCUUGUUUUUUGUAAGAACAUGAGAGCAGGUGUAGCAAUUAUAGCUUAGUGCAAAUGCAUGUUUAUAUACACAGGACUUCUUCACAGGAGGGAGAAAGCUGUUCCAGAACAGCUAUUUUUACAGAAACAUCCUGAACCAGAAAGGUCACAGCAAAAGGAUCACCAAGAUUGCUUCUU